CCACUCAACACUAGUAAAGUUUCUCCUCCCCUUCGUCAUGCUUGAGGUGAUUUCCAAGUUGGCUGAGAUCUAUCAGGAAUUGAACAUCAUUCCUGAGGAAGUGAGACACGUACGGUAACGGGAAGCCUCUCCAAAGAAACAGUGAUGUCAUAUCAAACAGAAGCAAUGACUUCCCAGCCUCAAAUGACUGUAACCACCUACACUGUCUCUCACUGGAGCUCUGAUGUCUGUGACUGCUGUGAUGAUUGUGGAAUCUGUCUGUGUGGGGCGUUUAUUCCUUGCAUCUUGGGAUGUAAGGUGGCACAGGAUAACGGUGACAGCUGCUGUUUGCCCUUCCUACCUGGUGCAAUGAUUGCAUUGAGAACCAGCAUCCGUGACAGAUAUCAUAUUAAUGGCUCCGUCUGUGAUGACUGGCUGAUUAUGACCUGCUGUCCAUUCUGUGGACUCUGUCAGAUGGCUCGAGAACAGAAGGCGAGAGGCUAAUUUGAAAAGAAAAUGGCUCAUUUCAAAAAUGCCUCAAUGACUGGAACUGUUUUCAUCAUCUUCUGUUUUGUUUUUAGAAUAUUUUAAAAUAUCAGUGGUUCAUGUGAUCCUUCAACUGUAUGUAUGUAAUACUGCAUGAAAUCAAAGACACAACGAUAGUUAUAUAUUAAACUGUUACACCUUAUAUUAAAUCAUGUUUCUAGCAUUAUGAAUCAACUCCUAUUGUUUGCUUUAUUUUAAUGACUUGUCUUUUUACAGUUAAAAAUCUUUCAACUGCCUACCUCAACUUCAAACUAUACGUGUAAUGAUGGUAAUGAUGAUGAUUAUUAUACAUCAGAUACAUGCAUACAUAUUGGACAUCGGAUGCCCAUUUUCCACACGUUAGUAUCAUUCCUUAAGGUCUUCG